AUGAGAGCCCCCCGGGAGACCCUGCACCUCCUGCUGGCUACAGCCCUGCAGCUGAUCGGCUGCGCAGCUAAGGCACCACAGCCCCAGACGAAGGGGACCCACCCGCUGGGGGAAGUGAUGCAGUGGAUGGAGGUUUAUAACCGCAGCUUCUGCCAGCCGAAGGAGAUGCUGGUGCCCGUGAGCGAGGAGCACCCGGCCGAGGUGGAGCACCUGCUGGCACCCUCCUGCGUGCCCCUGCGUCGCUGCGCUGGGUGCUGUGCCGACGAGGGGCUGCAGUGUGUGCCUACCCGCAUGCAUGUGGUGGUGAUGGAGGUGAUGAAAACCCGCUACCUGCACAGCCACCUGGGCCAGCUGGCCUUCGUGGAGCACAGUGCCUGCGAAUGCAGACCAAAGACAAAUAGCAAAGUAAAUCCAGAAAGGCCUGUGCGGCCCAAGGGGAAAAACAGCAUUGGACGCAAACACAAAAAGAAGAGACCCCCUGAACAGGACUCCCCCCAUCUGCCCUCCUGCCCACCCUGCUCAGACAAACGGAGGCGCCAGGAUCUUCAGACAUGCCAGUGCCGCUGCCGGCGCAGGUCCCAGCACUGCCAGGACCGGGGCUUGGAACUCAAUGAGCACUCAUGCAGCCACUCUGUUCUCCCCCGAGGUGUGAGAAGCUGCGCAGAUGAUCUGACGGGGGAGGGGGGUGACCUGGGACCAGCCUCUCCCCCCCCCACCCCAGCCCAGCUCUUCAUUGGAUCCAGGACAAGACUCUGGUCCUGA